UUCACCUCUCUUUUCUCUCUGCGCUUGCUCUGAAAUCUAGCUGCUGGAGUUUCUCCUUGUCUGCUGGCUUUCUAAAACAUGUCAAAUAGUAUUUUUAAAAAAGAAAAAAGAUUUUUGUUUACCUCAGAGUCUGUUGCAGAAGGGCAUUCUGAUAAAAUAUGUGAUCAGAUCAGUGAUGCUGUUCUUGAUGCUCACAUCAGCAUUGAUCCAGAUGCAAAGGUUGCUUGUGAGUGCGUGGCAAAAACUGGAAUGAUUUUGCUAUGUGGAGAGAUCACUUCCAAAGCUGUAGUAGACUAUCAGCAAAUUGUGAGGGAGACUCUUAAGAGAAUAGGCUAUGAUGACUCUUCCAAAGGACUAGACUACAAGACGUGUACAGUGUUGGUAGCUCUAGAACAACAGUGUAAAGAAAUUAAAUAUGCUGUUUACCAUGGCAAGAAUGAGGAUGACAUUGGAGCUGGGGAUCAGGGUUUGAUGUUUGGUUAUGCCACUGAUGAAACUGAAGAAUGCAUGCCCCUAACGAUCCUGCUUGCGCACAAACUGAAUGCAAAGAUAAAAGCCAUGGAACGGAGUGGAACAUGGCCCUGGGUUAGGCCAGAUGGGAAAACACAGGUCACAAUGGAAUAUAAGGAAAACAAUGGAGCAGUGGAGCCAGUCCGUGUCCACACAGUAGUGAUUUCUGUACAUCAUGCUCCUGACGUGUCUUUGCAACAAAUACGGAAUGAGCUAAUGGAAAAAGUCAUCAAAGAAGUUAUUCCAGGAAAGUAUCUUGAUGAAAACACAAUCUACCAUCUUCUUCCAAGUGAAAAGUUUAUAGAAGGUGGUCCCAAGAGUGAUGCCGGAUUGACUGGCAGGAAGAUCAUUGUUGAUACUUACGGAGGCUGGGGAGCCCAUGGAGGAGGUGCAUUCUCAGGGAAGGAUCCUUCCAAAGUUGAUCGUUCGGCAGCAUAUGCAGCUCGCUGGGUUGCAAAAUCCCUAGUAAAAGCUGGUCUCUGUAAAAGAGUAUUAGUCCAGCUGUCCUAUGCUAUUGGUCUGAGCCAUCCUUUAGCCAUCUCAGUGUUCCACUAUGGUACUUCAGAUAGAUCAGAAGAAGAACUGCUUGACAUUGUGCAGAAAAACUUUGAUCUACGUCUUGGCGUCAUCAUAAGGGAACUGGAUUUGAAGAGGCCAAUCUAUCAACAGACUGCAUGUUAUGGACACUUUGGAAGAGAAGAAUUUACAUGGGAAAGGCCAAAAAAACUCAUUUAUUAAAUUUUUCAGAAUCUGUCUUUUGUAAUAAUACAGAAUGAGAACGUAUGACUUCUAAACUGCCCAAGUGGAAAUAUUUUUUUCAUUUUUUAAUAAAAUGACAUUCUGUAACUGAAGAAUAUAUGCAUUGAACAUAACUGCAUUUACAUUGUAAAAAACAAUGACAUUUUCUGCUGGAUUUUAAUACACGCUUAUUAGAUUUUGCA